UUUUUGUCCUCCCCUUCUGAUCUCCAUUAGAUUCCUCUUAUCAUUUUUUAAAGAAUGUUUUAGUUUUUUUCGUAAUUAAAAAAAAUAAAAUAAAAAAAUCCUUUACGCUCUUCAACAAACCGACCACGCUCCCAUUUUCCACAUAACCGUUUAAACCCCAUUUUCCCACCCAAAAAGAUUCUCAUGAACUCCAUCACAAUUCCUUCAACAUUCAUCUCUUCUUCAACAACCAAAAUCAACAAUAAAAAAACCCUAAAUCCGAGUCCGCCAUGAAUUCAUCAAGAAAGCUCCUUGUUUUCCUGAUCAGUUUCUUGAUCCUCCUCGGCGGCGGCGGCGCCGCAUCCCAGAACGUGAACCUGGAGUUCCCCUACUUCACCCUCCGCAACCUGACCCUCCUGGGCGACUCGUACCUCCGAAACGGCGUCGUGGGGCUGACCCGGGAGCUCCAGGUGCCGUCGUCGAGCUCCGGGUCGGUCAUCUUCAACGACCCGAUCGCCCUAUUCGACCCGGACACCAACGUGACGGCCUCCUUCUCCACCAGAUUCUCCUUCUCCAUCCACAAUCUCAAUCCGGCGUCGUUUGGCGACGGCCUCACCUUCUUCCUCUCCCCCAACAACCGCACCUCCGGCAGCCCCGGCGGCUACCUCGGCCUCGUCAACUCCUCCCAGCUCACCAACAACCGCUUCGUCGCCGUCGAAUUCGACACCAAGCUCGACCUCCACUUCGACGAUCCCGACGAGAACCACGUCGGAUUGGACAUCGACAGCUUGAUCUCCAUCGAAACCGCCAACCCCAUGCUCUGGGCCGUCGAUUUGAAGAGCGGCAACGUCAUCACAUCAUGGAUCGAUUACACCAGCGGGAAGAAGAAAUUGGAGGUUUUCUUGAGCUACUCCAGUUUCAAACCAGAGCAGCCAUUGUUGAGCGUCGACAUUGAUCUCUCCGACUAUCUAAAAGAGCUCAUGUUUGUGGGAUUCUCCGCUUCAACGGAGGGCAGCACGGAGCUCCAUUUCAUCGAGAAUUGGAGCUUCAGAACGACCGGGUUCCGCCCGCCUAGGCCAAGAUUCCACCCUCAUAAUGUCUCUGACAACACCGUGCCGUUGAGUUCCCCAUUGCCGGUCUCAGAUUCCGGGCAUAGGCGUCACAAGAAAAUCGGACUAGCUCUUGGGAUCGGCUGUCCCGCCUUCUUCUCAGCACUUCUCGCGGUUUUCGUGUGGUUUUCCAUCGCGAAAUGGAGGCGCAUCAAAGCAGACAAGGACUUAAAACCAGAGGUGAUGGCAGGGCCGAGGCAAUUCGGCUACAAAGAGCUCAAAUCCGCAACCAGAGGGUUUCACCAGAGCAGGAUUCUUGGCCAUGGCGCAUUCGGCACUGUGUAUAAGGCCUUCUUCGUGGACAACGGGACAAUGUCCGCAGUCAAGAGAUCCAAGCACUCACACGAAGGUAAAAGCGAAUUCCUCUCCGAGUUAUCGAUCAUAGCAUGCUUGAGGCAUAAGAACUUGGUUCAGCUCCAAGGGUGGUGUGUUGAAAAGGGCGAAUUGCUGCUUGUUUAUGAGUUCAUGCCUAAUGGGAGUUUGGACAAUGUGUUAUACCAAAAUGGGGCUGUGUUGAAAUGGCAGUAUAGAUACAACAUUGCUGUGGGGCUGGCCUCUGUGCUCACCUAUCUACAUCAAGAAUGUGAGCAGCAGGUGAUCCACAGAGACAUAAAGACGAGCAACAUAAUGCUGGAUGCGAGCUACAAUGCUAGGUUGGGGGAUUUUGGUCUAGCUAGGCUGAUGGAUCAUGACAAGAGCCCUGUCUCGACUCUCACAGCUGGGACCAUGGGGUAUCUGGCCCCGGAGUAUCUUCAAUACGGCAAGGCAACUGAGAAGACGGAUGUUUACAGCUACGGGGUUGUGAUACUGGAGCUGGCCUGUGGGAGGAGGCCGAUUGAGAGGGAGGAGGAAGGGCAGAGGAUGGUGAACUUGGUGGAUUGGGUGUGGAAUCUGUAUAACGAGGGGAGGAUCGUUACAGCAGUGGAUGGGAGGAUGGGAGACGGGGAGUUUGAGGAGGCCGAGGUGAAGAAGCUGCUGCUCGUGGGGCUGAGCUGCGCCAAUCCGGAUAGUGGGGAGAGGCCUACUAUGAGGAGGGUGCUGCAGAUUCUGAGCAAUGAAGCUCAGCCGCUGCUUGUGCCCAAGACGAAGCCAAGUCUUACUUUCUCCAACAGUAUUCCUUUGAGUAUUGAUGAGAUUGUAUCUGAAUCUGAUUGUGCAUCCACUAGCUCUCAUGUUGAGAUCAUAGUGGAUUGACUUGAGUUUUUCUUAGUUUGGGAUUCUUUUAUUUCUUCCAUACUUAGAUGAUGAUGUCUGAUGGAAUUUUGUGUUUUGUGAUUUGCUUGUUGUUGUAUAUAGUGGUUUCUCUUGAUUUGAUAGAGUUAUUUUCAACAAAGAAAAGGGUAGUGGAGUUUGAUGUAUGUAGUGGUUUCUCUUGAUUUGAUAGUUAUUUUCAACAAAGAAAAGGGUAGAGCUAACUAUCUAGUUCA